AUGAAAUUCAAAGGCGACCUGACCUGUUCUCUGCUCUCCUCCCUGAUCCAGCUACCCAGAGCCCUUCGGAAGCAAAAUCGCAAGGCCACAGUGCAACGGGUGCCAGAGUAUGUGGUGCCCGGUUCAAAGCUGGAGGCUGCAUCGGUCCAUCCCCACGCAGCGCUGGAGACCCAACUGGAGCUCGAGGAACGGGGGUGCUGGUGCUGGUGUUGCUGCUGGUGUGGAGGUCCCCCAGAUAAAGAUCCAUGUGACAGUGCAUGGUGCCAUGAUGUGCCAUGGAGCCCUUGCAACAGACGGCAGCUCCAACGGUUGGACCAACUCGCGUGA